AGUAGUAACGGUUCUUCGGUUCAAAUAGAACCAAUAUAGAUAUAACUGAAAAACCAGAACCCCUUUUGAGUUCCUCCAUGGCCACAAACCAUUUUCCAACCUCAGAAACACCCUCUUGCAAAGCACACUGACUUACUGACUUACACUCUGCAAACCCUAAUGGCUUCUCUUCAACCUUCAUGGCUCGCUUCCCUCAACACCAUCUCUUCCACAACAAAACCCACUCUUUUCCCCUCCACAAACCUUAACAAGCCCCACCCUUUAAAACCAUUCAAACUCUCCUUCUCUCUGAACCCACCCAAUGCUGAAUCUUCACAACCCAACUCUCCAAAUUCGCCCGAAACAACGCCGGAAGCCGAGCCUGGGCCAACGGACCCUGUCAAGCUCGCACUGGAGAAUGCCAAGGCGUAUAAGAAGUCAGUGCAAAUGAACAAGAAAUUGAAAAUUGAGAAAAACCCAGUUAAGAAUGGUGAUGGGAUUGCUGGAAAUGGUGAGUCGGGCCCGGAUGGAGCUGGCGGUGGGAAGAAGGAAGUGCCAGCUGCGGUUAAGAUUGCAAUGGAGAAAGCUAAAGAGUAUAAGAAGAGUAAAGGCAUUGUGGGUGGUGACAUUAAUGCUGGGGAUAGUGACAAAAUUUCAGGUUUGGAGGAAAGUACUGGGGGAAACUUGGGGAAUGAGAUAGUAGACAAGAAGGGAAAAUUGUCAGUUUCAAGUAUUGAUUUUGUGGGACUUGGCUUUGCGGAUAAGAAGGAGGGUAGAGGACUGCCAGCUGGGUUGGUUCCAAUAGCUGACUAUUUUCCAGAAGGGAACUCACCUGACGUUGAGAUUAUAGUCGGGGACGCUAGAAAUUUUGAUGCAGUGGCACGGAAGCCAGAGCAGACUCAAGGAGACAACUCAGAUCUUUACAAGCCAAAAGUUUCUUCAUGGGGUGUAUUUCCUAGACCGAACGACAUUUCAAAAAUGUUUGGUGGUGGAAGAGUUAUACACCCUGGGGAAGUGCUGGAAACAGCUGAAGAAAAAGCUGCUAAAGAAGCACGCACAAGACAAUUAGUUGCUGAUUACAAGAGUAAAAUGGGCAUGAACAUUGAUCCAAAGCUAAGAUCUGAAUGUGAGAAGGCACUAAAGGAUGGUGACACAUUGAUGGAUGUUGGAGAGCUUAAGGAAGCAUUAAUCUACUAUGAGCAGGUUAUGGAUAAGUUACCAUUUAAG